AGUCACAUGACGAUAUCCUUAGCAGACGAAAAGUUUGUUGAUUAUACUACAAUAUAUUUGGUGAUUUUGAAUCUUUUCAGAAGUUAUGGUUCAGGGACUUGAGGGAGUAAAGAAUUCGUUAGGCCACUUGGUGAUAGAUGAAGAUGGUGCUGUUCAACACUCGAGUGGUGAGCUUGAAAAUGAUGAAAAUUCAGCCAAUAUCUUUAUGGAUAUAGUAAAAAUCGCAUUAUCAACGGCAGAUAAAACUUUUAAACGUCUUUGCAUUGUCUGGUGUGAUGUUUCUUAUGUAAUAACAAUUUCUAAUUACAAGAUCUACGUUGUUAAACGACCUACCCAAGAAUAUAUUGAAAACCCAACAGUUUAA